UUUAAUUCGUCGUUGGAGGCGCGCACUGUUAGAUUGGCAAUUCACGAUACAAAUGUUUGCAUCGUUGCAAACUUUUACUUUAUCGUCUGCGGAUAGUGUUGCACAUUGAUACUACUAAUCGCAUCUGACACCUCGGCUCCCAGAAAUAUUUGAGCUGGUUUGAUGAACAUGUAGACCUAUACGUAGUAUUUUUUAGAAGUCAAUCAAACGGACAAUUAGCCGUCAGAGUGGUAGUAUUGAUGACACUAAAUCUACACUUGUUAAUGAUAACAAGACGAAGCCAAGUUAGAGAUAACGACCGAUAAAAAGUGUAAACAACUAGUUCGGCCGUCAACAUUUUCAUAGAAUGAUUGUUAAUAGGACUCAAUUUAUCCUUUUCAUUCCGUUAAUCCGUUUGGCUUUAAGUGUAGGAUCGUAUGGAGUAACUAGUGAUAUUGUACUAAGUGUCAUGCUGCCGUACACUGGUAGGUGGCCAAUUGGUUCGCACAUCGCUACUGCGGCUGCAAUAGCCGUAGAUGACAUUCAAGGAAACUCAUCUCUUUUACCGAACCGGUCCAUCGCGGUAAUUUUGAAUGAUACGAAAUGCGAGGCCGUUGUAGCAUUACCCAAAGUGAUUAACCUUCUGUCAAACGAGGUGGUAAAUGGCCUGCAUGGAUUUAUCGGUGGCGGUUGUAACAGUGUCUGCGAACCUAUUGGUCUGCUGGCAGCGGCUUUCAACCUUCCCAUGAUUUCAUGGGGCUGCACGUCGACAUCAUUGUCGGAUAAACUUGAGUAUCCUACAUUUGUUCGGACUGUUGGCCCUUACUACAAAGUCACACCAAUGAUUCUGGAGAUGUUCAGUCGUUUUAACUGGUCAAGAGCUGCCAUACUUUACUCGAGUGAAGAAGCUUGGCAAUUAACAUCUUUGAAAGUUCGAAAUAUUAUGCAAGAUGCAGGGAUAUUUAUUUCGCAAUACUAUAGUUUUGAGCCUGGACCAGAGAAAAAUAUAUUUGAAGAUAAAUCGUUUACGGAAACACAAAAUAAAGCUAGAAUAAUCUUGAUAUUUGGAUGCGGAGGAGAUGUUCGUGAUGUCAUGCUGCACUCACUUGAUCUUGGCAUGAUCAAUGGCGAAUACAUCUUUUUCACCGUCGAUUUAUUCGACUACGCAUACGUAGGAAACAACACUUGGAUGGGAGAUGACGGCAGGGAUGAUGACGCCCUCUUGGCGUUUGGCAGCAUCUUCAAUAUACACAUACUGGAGCCAAGUACACAGAGGUAUAAGUAUUUUACGGCUGAGGUCCGGAAGAGGAUGGCAACUGAUUUGUUCGGCGACUCUUUCAACGCGGAAUAUAAGGUUGAUGUACACGCCGCCACGUUGUAUGACGCAAUACACUUGUACGCAGUGGCACUUCACGAAGUAAUUGAGGCUGGAGAAGACGAAUACAACGGGAGGACAAUAGUUAGCAAAUUGCUCAAUAAAGGAUUUGAUGGAAUUUCAGGUAGAGUGUCUAUAGACAAACAAGGAGAUCGCUAUCAAAACUUUGCCUUGCAAGACGUCGGAGGAAAGGAUACACAUGAUAUUGCUGAGUAUUAUUCAGAAGAAAAGCUUUUUAUCUUUACAGAUGACGUUAUUAUUUGGCCAAGUGGGUCCACUAUCCCACCCAAAGGCCAUCCGGAUUGCGGUUGGGACAACGAAUAUUGCCAAACUCCCCUCAGUUUUGCGAGUAUAAUUGGAGUGUCAGUUGGAACGACAUUUAGUGUGGCUUUUGUUCUGCUAUGCGUUCUCGUCGCGUGUAUGUGCAGGAGAUACUUUAAUUAUGAAUUGGUGCUAAACAAUUUCAAGUUAUGGCUGGUUGACUACGAUGAUAUUGAUUUUAGGCUCCAAAAAUCACAAUAUAAUUCGAGACCGCGUUCGGUAAACAACAGUUCGUCAAACACGUCAGCCAAGAGUGUGGGUAACGGAGCGGAUAGUAGAACAACCUCUCCUAGUUGUUUUAUUCCUGUCGAUAGCAUGAAAUACUGCAGAGUUGGUUACUACAAAGGAAAUGUUGUGGCCGUCAAACCAGUGAAAAAGACAAGUGUACUAUGGAACCGAGAAUUAUUCAUUGAGAUGAAAAUGAUGAUGGAGCUACAGCAUGUAAAUAUAAAUCAUUUCGUUGGCGUUUGUACUGUUGCCCCUAAUAUUGGUUAUAUAAUGAUAUACUGCAACAAGGGCAGCCUGAGGGAUGUGAUGGCAAACUCUGAUAUCACUAUUGAUGAGCAUUUCAAAUUAUCAUUUGCUUCAGAUAUAGCGCAGGGAUUGCUAUUUCUCAGCCUUAGUCAAAUGAAACAUCACGGCAACCUGAAGUCCUCAAAUUGUGUUGUAGACAGCCAUUGGGUUUGCAAAUUAACUGAUUUUGGAUUUAGUGUGUUUAGAACUCACGAAAGAGUGGACAACGAAUUGGAUGAAAACGAACAGUGCAAAAAACUACUAUGGACAGCUCCCGAAAUAUUACGUCAGACAACUGUUGACCAAAAAAAACUGUCAAUUCAGGCCGACGUAUAUGCCUACGGUAUCAUUCUUCAAGAGAUCGUCCUCCGAACUGGACCUUUCGCUUCUCUACUGGAGGUUAUUGAACCCAGAGAUUUAAUUCAAUCGGUGAGACUCGGCACCGUUCCGAAGGUUCGUCCAGCUGUUCCUUCUGAUUCGUGCAAGAAACAAACUCUAAAUCUGAUGAAAGCAUGUUGGGAUGAAGAUCCAGAGAAAAGACCAACAAUUAAGAAAAUAAUAAUUGAAAUUAAAGAAAUCUCAGGUGGAGGAACAAUUAAUAUUAUCGACAAUAUGAUUAGAAUGAUGGAAAAAUAUGCAAAUAACUUGGAAGAAUUGGUUCACAGUCGGACGGUGCUGCUUGAAGAGGAAAAACAAAAAACGGACAAACUCCUUUACCAAAUGUUACCUAGAUCUGUUGCUGAUCAGUUGAAGAUGGGUCUGGUGGUAGAAGCUGAAUAUUUCGACGAUGUUUCCAUUUAUUUCAGUGAUAUUGUCGGUUUCACAAAGUUAGCGUCGGAGAGUUCACCCUUGGAGAUUGUGGAAAUGUUGAAUGAACUGUACACAGCGUUUGAUUCCAUAAUUGAUAACUAUAAGGUUUACAAGGUAGAGACAAUCGGAGAUGCUUACAUGGUAGUAUCGGGUCUGCCGGAAAGGAUAGGCAACAGCCACGCGUCCGAGAUAGCAGUCAUGUCCCUAGAAUUACUGGCCAAAGUGAAAAAUUUCAGCAUCAGACAUAAGCCUGGAUAUCGCAUGCAGUUACGCGUUGGAAUUCAUUCAGGUUCGGUUGUUGCUGGGGUUGUUGGAUUAAAAAUGCCAAGAUAUUGUCUUUUUGGAGACACAGUAAACACAGCAUCUAGGAUGGAAUCUGGCGGCCUAGCAAUGAUGAUCCAAGUAAGUAGCGCAACACAUCAUGUUCUGUGUACCCAUGGCGGGUUUCAACUUGAAAAGCGUGGACAAAUAUCAGUAAAAGUAGGUGCAUAAUUUAGUGUUGUAUAACAAAAUAGCGAUUUCAAUCGAAAUCUAACGGUCAUUACCAAUCCA